UUCGUUCGUUUUGAAUUGAAAAUACCUAUCGCAUUGAAAGCUAAUCGAUCUUUGUUUGUAUUUGGUUUGUUUUUUCCAAAGUUUUUUCAACGUUUCCCUUGUUUUUACAAGUUAAAAGUGAGGAAAAAAUGGCUCCUCGAGAUACCCCCAAAGCUACGCCAAAAGUGCAACGCACCAUCGUAAAAACUGUUUCUAAAACACGCUCAACCCCGACUUCGACGGUUAAGAAGACUAUUUCGUCGACGAUGUCUUCUAAAAAGGCAGCUGAAAAGGUGCCGCUAAAGGUGAAAAAUAUGACAGAAGUAAAUACAAGACAACGGACCAGCACAGUCCCGAAGGUGUCUACGCCGAAACCCAAAGAGAACAAGUCCGUCCCUCUACCCGGUAGUGUUGUGAAGAGUGCCAAGAAGCCGACCUGGAAGCGCAGGCCCAAACCGGCACAUUCUGGAGUACCUGUACCUGAGAAGAUGAAGAGAUUACUGGAAAAGCAGCUGGAGGACGCUGACUGUAGCCUGUGAUUCGGUAUAAAAUUGUACAAUUUGUAAGAAACAGGAACAGAGUACAGGAAAUUAAGAGAAAUUUAGAAAUUCUGACAUUUUAUACUGCUGUAACUACCACCAAAUAGUACAAAAUAAUUAACAUAGUUUUAAGACUUUUAAUUGACUAACUGUUUUGUUUCUUCAUAGUAAUUUUAACUGUUACUAUGCAUGAAACAUUAGAAAUUCGGAUUUUCAUUGCUAUAUCUAAUCUAAUGAUUGAGAUGAAGAACUGUAGCACACUAUGCUUACUUUGGAAAAAAAGCCAAGAGGAAAAUAUAAUAAAAAAAAGUAAAGCAGUUUGACUUUUCAAAAACAUGGCAUCACAAAUAAAAUUAAUUUUGUCUAUUGACAUUGCACUAAAAAUUUUAUGGGAUCUCAGUUUUAUGUUGUAGAAUAAUAUCAAAACAAAUGUCCACUGAUCUUAGAAAUCUCAAUAAUAAAUGCCGAGAAAUUGGAAAAAUAAUAUUGUACUUGAAACUAUAGGAAUGAUGGGUUGUGGUCUUACAUCUCACCUUCUCAUGAAAUCCAAAAAUCUAUAUCAAUAUUGUAAUUAGACAGUUGUUAAGCUUCCAGAUCUGGUGAAAACAUUAUGAUAACUGAUGGUGGUUUUUAUACCUAAUUAGUUUUUUGUAAAAUGUGUAGAUUUUACAGAACUUGCCACUUCUAUAGUCUUUUUAAUUCCACUUCUACUAGAUAUAGUCAACAUUUAAUGACCUUAGUAAUGUCUUACUACUACGUAAUAUAAUGUAUCCAAUAUAGAACAUUGGUUUUUCAAAACCAUACUAAUUUUUGAUCAGUUAAUGACUGAGGGGUAUGUGCCAUUAUUUUUUAGGAUUGUAAUUAAAGGAUCCUAUGCGAGAAUUUAUGAAUGUGAUGAGUGAUUGUUAUGGAUAAAUGAUACACAUUCGUAUUUUUGAUUGUUUUUGGGUACCAAUCAACGUGAUCAUAAUUGUAGUAUAAUUAGUAGUAUUUCUUUAUUUUUA